AUGGAUCCUGAAACACGACAGUUUGGGAUACUUAAACAUAUGCUUACUUCAGUUUCGAAGUUUCGAGGAAUAAAUCGAAUUUCUGGGAGGUCCCUUAAGGAUAUAAAUGAAAAAGGUGUCAAAUUUAACGGUGACAUGAUGCUUUCUACAUUGAAAACAAUAUUUAUUGACGAUCUGGAUGAUAAUACAACAUUAUUGUGUCGGACGAAUAAUGAAAAUGAUUUAUUAACAAAUAAUUUUGAUGAAGACGAAGAUUUUAAUGAUCAGGUAAUUUUAUUUUAGUAAAAUUAGUUAGAUAAAUAUUAGCAUUUAACACCAGAUAGAUUUUUGAAAACUAAAAUAGAUGUUGAUAAAUAUACAUUUACUCAUUUUAACUGUUUUUACCGUAUGAAGAUUUCCAUUAUUCCACUUUUAUUUGACUAGUGUGUCUAGUAAAAAUAGGUUUAUGAUCAACGCAUGUUAGCAAUGAUGGCAAGGUGACCUUUAAGAUUUUGUUCUUCUAUUUUCUCUCCUUCAUGUUGUUUCUAUUUGUUGAAAAAGGAAUUUAUCAUCAUACUUCUCCGAAAUAACAAUGUAAUAAUAAAUAUAUGUUGUAAAUAUAUAUUUUUUUGUUUUUCUCUAACAUUAUAAAUAACAUUAGAUAGAAAUAUAUCAUAUGAUGUCGACAGCUGUUUGUCUUGAAGUAGAAAAAUAUUUUAGAAACAAGGAAUAAACUUUUCAAUUUGUAGUUUGUACAGACAAAAUAAUUAACUUAUAAAAAAAAAAUAAAAAAUUGGUAUGUGUUUUCUUUUUCUUUUUGUUAUUUCUCUUUUUAUAGAGAAGAAAUUUGAAACUACGCUAAUGAUAAUAAACGUUGUGUUUUUCAUUUGAUAAAAAUAACAGAUGAACUGAGUUUAUUGUACAUAAAGCAGAAAUAGUAACUCCACAACGAUAAACGUAUGAGAGAUUUUUAAUCGAUUUGUUUCUGUUGUGAAACCAAAUAAACUUGUUUAAACUAAAAUAAUGCUGUCUUAGUUACAUGGAGCUAAAAUCUAAAGGUUAAAAAGUGUUUAAUAAUGAUAUUUUUGGUGCGACUUUUGAUAUUGUCGAUACACAACUAAAAGAAAUUCAAAUAAUAAAGACCUCGAGACAUCAGUUCAAUUGUUUAUUUUAUUUUCUAACAGGCUUGGUUUUUCAUGUGCGAUAUAAAGU